AUGGAGGGGCUGCUGCAUUACAUCAACCCGGCACAUGCCAUCUCUCUGCUGAGCGCGCUCAACGAGGAACGCCUCAAAGGACAGCUGUGUGACGUGCUUCUGAUUGUUGGAGACCAGAAAUUUCGAGCGCAUAAAAAUGUCUUGGCCGCCAGCAGUGAAUACUUCCAGAGUUUAUUCACCAACAAGGAGAAUGAAUCACAGACUGUCUUUCAGCUUGACUUUUGUGAACCAGAUGCUUUUGAUAACGUUUUGAACUACAUUUAUUCUUCAUCUUUAUUUGUCGAGAAAAGCAGUCUCGCGGCCGUGCAAGAACUAGGCUAUAGCCUUGGGAUUUCCUUUCUGACUAACAUCGUCUCUAAAACACCUCAGGCCCCCUUUCCAGCGUGUCCCAACAGGAAAAAAAUAUUCAUAGAAGAUGAUGAAAGCAGUUCUCAGAAGAGAAGCGUCAUCGUUUGUCAAAGUAGAAACGAAGCACAGGGAAAAACUGUGAGUCAGAAUCAGCCCGACCUAAGCCAUACGUCCCGGCCCUCCCCCUCCCCUAGCACUGCAGUCAAGACCAGCACCAGUAAGCCCCACGUUCCCAAACCGGCCGAGCCGCUCCACACUUUGCCACUGGCUGAAAAGAGCUGGCCGAAAGAUGGUUCUGUGGGCUAUGCAAAGUCUCUGGAGCACGCGGGGCCUCUGGAUGACCCCAACAGAAGCAGUUUGCUGAAAAGGAAUGCACCGCUGCAGGACCGAGAGGCGAUGGACGAUACAGCCGGUCUCAGCAGCCAGCUCCCCAAAGGCAAAGCCAUAGAGUUGGCUUUGAAGAGACCACGGCCCCCGGUGUUGUCUCUCGGAAGCUCGUCGGAGACCCCCUACGUGCUGAAGGAGACUCACAAAGGAGGCGGGCCGGGCGAAGACCGAAACCUGCUGUACUACUCCAAGCUGGGGCUGGUGGUCCCAUCCGGUGGCUCUGGCUGUGGGAAGCCAGGCAUCGACAGAAGCGGCCCGCUCGUCAAGAGUCUCCUCAGACGGUCGCUGUCCAUGGACAGCCAGGUGCCUGGCCUCUCACCCUCCAUAGAUCUGAAAUCUUCCCAGGGCCGCUCCGCGGUGGCAGGCGAGGUGCCGGGGAGCGGGUUCUGUGCUCUGUCGCAGCAGUCGUCUCUGAAGGAGUGCGGGGAGAAGGCGGCCCUCGAUGAGCGGAGCCCCGUGCCCCAGCCCCACCGCCUCCGGUCCUUCAGCGCCUCCCAGUCCACGGAGAGGGAAGGGGAGCCUGCCGUGACUGAGGUCCGCAUCAAGACGGAGCCCCGCAGCCCCCUGUCAGACCCCUCCGACAUCAUCCGUGUCACCGUGGGAGACCCGGCUGCGGCGGCCGCCGCCAGAGACCUUUCCUUAACAACCGAAGACGACCAAAAAGACAUGAGCAGGCUCCCGGCGAAAAGGAGGUUCCAGGCGGACCGAAGGCUGCCGUUGAAGAAGGUGAAGGAGGACGAGCACGGGUCUCUGGUGUCCGAAGAGAACUUCGAGGAGGGCUCGAGCCCUCCCCUCCCUGACACAGAGUUUCCAGAUUCUGACUUGAAUAAAGAUGAAUUUGAGCAAGGAAACCACGAGCGAUUAUGCAGAAACGCAACCGUUUGCCCCUACUGCAGCCUUAGGUUUUUCUCGCCGGAGCUAAAGCAGGAGCACGAGAGUAAGUGUGAGUACAAGAAGCUGACGUGUCUCGAGUGCAUGCGCACCUUCAAGUCCUCCUUCAGCAUUUGGCGGCACCAAGUUGAAGUCCAUAAUCAGAACACCAUGGCGCCGGCCGAAAACUUUUCCUUACCCAUCCUGGACCACAAUGGUGACGUGACUGCUGCUGCCAGGGUCCCGGCCCAGCCCGAGCCCCAUAAAGCCAACCACGCGGUCCCCGCCAAAGACGACAAUGCCUUCAGUGAUUGUUCGGAGCAAGUGAACUUCGAUUCAGAAGACUCCUCCUGCCUCCCUGAAGACCUCAGCCUCUCGAAGCAACUGAAAAUCCACGUCAAAGAGGAGCCCGCGGAGGAGGCCGAGGAAGAGGCACCCGAGGCCCGCGCCACCCCCAAGGACGCUGGCUCCAGCAAGGACACCAGCCUGUGGCCCUGCGAGAAGUGUGGCAAGACGUUCACGGCGCACAAGCAGCUGGAGCGGCACCAGGAGCUCCUGUGCUCCGUGAAACCCUUCAUCUGCCACGUGUGCAACAAAGCUUUCCGCACCAACUUCCGGCUCUGGAGCCACUUCCAGUCCCACAUGUCUCAGGCUACGGAGGACCCGGCGCAUAAAGACUCGGAAGCGUGCCCUGUGCCCACAAACUCUCCGUCCCCGCCCCCGCUGCCCCCGCCCCCGCCGCUGCCCAAGAUCCAGCCUCUGGAGCCCGACAGCCCCACAGCCUUGUCUGAAAACCCCGCUCCUGCCACGGAGAAACUGUUCGUGCCCCAGGAAUCCGACACGCUUUUUUACCAUGCCCCCCCCCUUUCUGCAAUCACCUUUAAAAGACAGUUCAUGUGUAAACUGUGCCAUAGGACAUUCAAGACGGCCUUCAGUCUUUGGAGUCAUGAACAGAGCCACAACUGAAAGACCGCCCCUUUUCACCUGCCACAGAAGGGACGGUGGUCUCCAGAGUUCCUCCACCUAAAUUGUGAAACGUGCAUAAGAAACAAAAUAUUUUUUAAAAGAGAAUAAUAAAGGUUGGAAAUUGUUAUGCUUGAAUAGAAGUUUGAAGUAAAUUGAUACUAAUUAGUGAUGUCCUUACUCACCUUAGAAAAACUAAAAUCUAUUGUGCUUUGGACCUUACAAGUCACAGGAUGAUUUGACUUCAUUAAUGUUGAAAUGUGACUGAUCUUGGUUAUUUGCAUGGUUCCUCAUUCCACGGUGUCAGUAUAAUCUUUUCCCAGAGGUGGUUUUGGUUUUUUACUGAUUUGCAAUCAGUGAAAUACUAUUCAAGUGUUUCUUUUGAUUAUAUCAGACACCUAAGUUCUAGUUCAAUGUCAGCCACGUUCCGAAGUCCACAACGCAUCAGGAGGAAGCGGAGUAGUUUGCAGCGUUGAGUUAGAUCUUAGGAUACUUUAGCAAUAAAACAAUGAUAAGCCUCAACUUUAAUAAGUUAUCCUGACACUUGAUAACAAUAAAUAAUUUGGUAUUUUGUGGUCAUGUAGAAAUUUUUUUGUAUGAAAAUAGUGAGAAAUUUAAAUCCCCAGCAAUAGUGAUACUUAGAUUUUUAUAAAAUAACAAAAGCUUGCUCUUGGGUCAUUUAACAUAACUAAUGAUGGAAG